AUGGCGGAUUACGAGUCGCAGCAGGCAGGCCAGAAUGGCUAUGGUACAUACGAGAAGGCAGUAAAUGGGAACGGUACCCCUUUCGACCUCCAGAACGCGGGAGUCAAAAGUACCGCAGUGUCUCCGGCAGAGCUAGCAUCUGGAUAUCAAGCUGGGGGCACCGGUUCUCAGCUGGAUGUUAUCUGCGGCCCUCUGAUCAACUAUAAAUACAUGGAGUUGGAUCCCGGCUCUCCCGUCUGGCAGGGAAGUGUUCUGAUCGUUACUACUCCAACUCACCAGCAGCAGCCGCAUUUACACUUGCGCCAGGCGGGUCCUGUGUCGCAUGCGAGCAAUGGUGCGCAGAAUGGUGGCACGUCGGGCCGCGAGGGAACCAUUGAUGGUAUCAAGCUCUACGAGGACCCGGAAAAGACGUUCUGGCGGUUUUCUCUCACGGUCCCGAUUGAACAAUUCGAAGCUCGUUGGGAGUACACUAUCCCUGGCUUCAAAUAUGCCACUGGAGACCCAGUAAAAGCGCCCUGGACCUUUGUGGUUCCCGCAGCCGACCAAUCCAUGCGCCUCAUGUUCCAUUCCUGCAAUGGUUUCUCGGUCGGAACGGACACGGAGAGCUGGGCUGGUCCGGCGCUCUGGAACGACGUCCUGAGGAUCCACGAAAAGCGCCCUUUCCACGUCAUGAUCGGAGGCGGUGACCAAAUCUACAAUGAUGGCAUCAGAGUCGACGGUCCCCUCAAGCAGUGGACAGAUAUCACGAACCCCCUGACGAGAAGGCACCAUGAUUUCAGCGAGCACAUGCGGUCCGAGUGUGACAAAUAUUACUACAAAAAUUACGUGAGGUGGUAUACCUCUGAGCCGUUCAAGACCGCCAAUGGACAGAUUCCUCAGAUCAACAUCUGGGAUGAUCACGAUAUCAUUGACGGUUUUGGCUCCUAUACCGACCACUUUAUGAAAUGUGCUGUCUUCCGCGGUAUCGGAGGAGUGGCAUUCAAGUAUUAUUGUCUUUUCCAGCACCAUAUCCCGCCUCCCAAGUCUACCUUCACCACGGAUGCGCCCGAGACAAUGCACGCGGUCAACGGGACGUCCGGAGUCGACCCGCGCCAGACGGAGAAUACGUUCGUGCUUGAGAGCUUGGAAGAGGAUCGCAGUUGGAUCAUCGGGAAGCGUCCCGGACCGUACGUAGAAGAGAGGAGUCGAAACCUGUACAUGCGUCUGGGUAAGCGCAUGGCCUUUGUCGGUCUCGAUGCGCGGACAGAGCGCACGCGCCACCAGGUGAAUUAUCCCGAUACGUACGACGCCAUCUUUGACCGGCUAGAUGAAGAAGUUGAAGCUGCGAACGGCGAGAUCAAGCAUCUCAUUCUACUGCUGGGUGUUCCGAUUGCGUAUCCCCGUCUUGCGUGGCUGGAAAAUAUCUUCAGUUCUCCCCUCAUGGCACCACUGCGUCUGAUGAAUAAACGUUUCGGGCUUGGCGGUGGUUUCUUCAACAGUUUCGACGGGCAGGUCGAUCUGCUGGACGAUUUGGACGAUCAUUACACCGCUAAGCAUCACAAGCGCGAGCGCAGACAUUUUAUACAGCGCCUUCAGGCCUUCGCGAAAGCGCAUUCCAUCCGGGUCACAAUUCUGGGCGGAGACGUCCAUCUGGCUGCUAUGGGCCGAUUCUACUCGAACCUUGAUCUCAAUAUCCCCCCUCUGAACGACCACCGAUACAUGGCCAAUGUCAUCAGCAGUGCCAUCACAAACAAGCCGCCUCCCAAAGCCGUGGCCAACCUGCUGGCACGGAGGAACAAGAUCCACCACUUGGACCCAAACACUGAUGAAACUCUGAUGGUCCUUUUCGACAAGCAGCCUGGAGGACAACCCAAAGCUGCGGCUUUCAACCAUGUCACAAUGCCAUCCCGGAACUUUGCUUGUAUCACAGAGGUCACCGGAUCCGCAACCGCCAACGGCGUGCCGUCAAAUGGGGAUCAGAACGAACAAGCGGAUUUGCGCCCCACCACUCCUGCAAAGGAUGGCCAUCAGCCCCUUCACAUUGGUGAAGAGAAUGUUGGUACAGUACACAAGGCAGCCGACGGCGUCAGCAGUGACAGUGGACUGGUAGGCGGCCUCGAUAUUUCAAUCCGUGUGGAGAUCGAACAGGGCAACCCGGAGGGACUUACUGAAGGCUACGGGUUCAGCAUUCCGCCUCUCAAGGUCGACCCAUCUAUCGAUGACGGUGAUAGUCACUGGCACCUUCGAAGCGCCUUACGCUCCCGGCACUCUCUGCACUCACGCCGUAGCGUGAAUUGA